UCUUAAGUGUUAUUAAUCCUCUCUCUAACCAUUCAGUUGACACGAUCAGUAUGGAGUUACUACUCUCAGGCAGCUAAUAGACAUUUUUCGCCUGCACUUAAAAAAUUUUACAGGACCUCGUGUACUAAAACAACAUUGGUGUUAAUAUAGACAAUAUAACAUUUUAAUAAUUUAUUAAUCCCAGUUAAAAACAACACAAAAGACACUUAAACGCCUCCCUUGUUUUUAAAACUUGAUAACUCGACAAUUUUUUGAUUAUUGUCGGCCCCUUUGAUUAUAUUCAACCUCACCAAAAAUAACUAAUUAAUUGCUGCAAGUGAACUUUACUGGUCCCUUUUUAAUAAACCUCCACGUGAUUAUUAUUUAUUCAUUCCCCUGUUUUUGUUCCUUUAAUUUCUGACUUAAGGGAAAUCACAUUACCCGAAGCCGCGCUAAACAAACAGAUAUAAAUAUGAUUGGCUCAAUACUUGGUGGGUUUAUGUCAUGGUCGAGACUGCGGGGCAGCACCAAUGAUGACUGGGGUGAUCGGCUUAAUCAUUUGUGGACAGUUUUUCUGCUUGUUCUAUUUGCUAUCGUAGUCACAACCACACAAUAUGUUGGAGACCCAAUUCAUUGUUGGGCUCCUGCUGAAUUUCCUGGACAUUAUGUCGAGUAUGUGAAAUCAUACUGCUGGAUUUCAAAUACCUACUACAUAUCAAUGAACGACAUCAUACCUACAGACCUCACUACACGUUCGGAUGCAGAAAUUACUUACUAUCAGUGGACCCCUUUGAUUUUACUUUUCAUGGCAUUUCUUUUUAAGUUUCCUAACAUAAUCUGGAGGUUGUUAAGCAGUGUAUCUGGUGUUAAUUUAGAGCGUGUUGUUGAUUUGGCUGAACAAACUCAACUUGGAUCCCCUGAAGACCGUCAGAAAACUAUCGAACACAUAGCUUUUUACAUGGAUCGCUGGCUGGAAACCUACCGCGAAUAUAAAAUGAAUUAUGUUGUACGAAUGAGACAGAAAAUGACAAAAGUUUGCUGUCUGAUGUGUUCAAAAAGAGAAGGGACAUUUUUGGUCGGGUUCUAUGUUUGUGUGAAAGCUCUGUAUGCUGCAAAUGUUAUUGGACAAUUUUUCUUAUUGAAUGCCUUUAUGUCUAACCAAUUUUCAGUAUAUGGUUAUGAAGUUCUUGAAAUGGUACGUAAUAAGGUUCCUUGGAAAGAAUCUAUCAGAUUCCCUCGUGUGACUCUCUGUGAUUUUGAGAUAAGGCAGUUACAGAACAUUCAACGUUUCACUGUCCAGUGUGUUCUUCCUGUUAAUCUAUUUAAUGAAAAAAUCUUCAUUUUUCUUUGGUUUUGGUUAGUCUUUAUUUCUAUAGUUACAUGUGGCAAUUUACUGUUAUGGAUUUACCGCACAAUUUUCCGUCAGUCCCAUGUUAAUUAUAUCGCUAAAUAUUUGAAGUCUUCAGAGGAUAUAUUCACAAGUGAAGACAAGAAACUGGUGCAUCGUUUCACAACAGACUAUCUGCGAGAUGACGGAUUUUUUGUAUUACGCCUUGUUUCUAAGAACUCCACAGACUUGGUUCUAGUUGACUUGGUGAAAGAAUUAUGGCAUUUAUACAAGAACAAAAAUGGUCGGAAAGCAGUCUCUCCAGAUCUUAAUAACACUUACAAAGAUACUCUAGACAAAGAUGAUAUUUCAAAAGACCCAUCAAAACAGCCUCUAAAGUCGUAGAUCAACAACUCUUAGGUUAGUUAUAAUCCUAUCCAAAUGUUUAUUUUGAUUACAUCUAGGCAUUAUCAUUCCAUUAUGUCCCUGGUUAGUGGCUGAUUAACAAAAAAAAAAAAAAAUGUAUAUUUCCAGUGCGAAUUAGAUACAUUUAUAGGUUUGUAAUAGAACAGGUGGGAGGGGGAAAUCUCAGCACCUUAAAUGCAUAAGAGUAUACCUUACUAAUACUUCAUUAUAACUUUUCCUAUUUUCUUUCAGUCCAUGCUAAAUAUAUUACAAUAUUUCAACCGGUGUAAAAAUGUUUGAUGGUUAUAUUAACUACCUUUGUAAGCAUACCUUGGCUUUGUAUUUCUUCUGAAUCUUUACAUUUUGGAUUCAUAUUCCAAGAUCAGUCUGGCUUUUGUAUCCUUCCAGAGUAAAUAAAAUAAAGUACCAGUCAAAUACUAGGGUUGAUGAUAUUGACUACCCUGCUCUUCUCAAAACUGCUAGCUUUGUACCUAAAUUAGAAACUACAGCAUUGAGAGGUGAAAUGGCUGAUAGAAUAUAGUAUUGGAUGAAUUUGUUUCCAAGGUUUAAAUCUUAAUCCACCCAUGGUAUGCCCUGUUACCUGUUACUGUUAACCUAACUUGCCUUAAUAGUUCAUAUCUAUUUAAGAAACUUAUUUUUUACUUUCACCUUUAUCAUGAUUACUUGUACCAUUUAACCUAUGCAAUCAUCAGAAAAUAACUGUUUCACAUAUAUACUCUCUCCUCAACUGCAUAAAAAAGCAAACAAAAAAAGAACAAUUUGUGGAUGUCUUGAAAGUAGUUAACCUUACAAAGAACAUGUGAAUUAAAAUUUGUAAAUAUUAGUGACAUUUUUACUUGGAAUUCUUUAUUUAUUUUUGCAGUUAUAACAUUAUUUUUUUCAGAUAUCUGAAGAAUCCUAUGAAUGUAAUUAGUGCUAAUGGAUUUUUUUUUUUCUUUUUUUUUUCAAAUUAAUCUUAAGGUGAAUGAAUUGGAACAUUAAUGAAUGCAGUUUGUAAUUAACUGUAACAAGGCAGAAAGCUGUAAACACACACAAACACAUAAAACACACCACACAGAUCUGUGAUAUUUAACCAUCUUUUUAGCAUUUCGUGAGAAUUUUAUGAUUCUUAUACAUGUAAGUGAUUUCGGAGCAUAUUUUCUGUGCCAACAGAAAAUUCAUAAGAGUGACUGCUUUCUUUUUUCAUGAGAUUAUCUUUGCCAUUUGCAUCCACAGUCAAAUGCUACCAAGUCAUUUUUACAAGGGUCACUCUGUUGAACUUCUAAUAUUUUAUAUCCUAGAGCUAGUUGAAUUAAGCUGGGAGUGAACAUAGUGGCAUACAUAGUUCUAUGAUAGAUUCCAUACUUACGACACUUUUUGGUAAUCUUGUCUUUAAAUUUUUAAUCUAUAGUAUGAAAACCACUCACCCAAAUUCACUAUGUUUUUAAAUGAAAUCUUUUAAUGUUCCUUGAAUGCCUUGACAUUUUCAUAGCAAUGAGUGCAAAUACUGCCAUAUAUAUAGACUCAUUUUUAUCUAUAGACAAUAAAUGCAUUUUCUAAGUGGAAAUUUUUUUUUAUAGUCACCUGAUAUGAUUUACUAAACUAAAAAAAAAAAAGAAAUCACAAAGUGCUUUUACUCUUUUUAUUAUUUUUAACAACAGUCCCUCCCACCAUAACCUGAACAUUUGAUGUCUUCCUAAUAAUUCAUUUUAGAUUUAUAGAUAUAGCAAUAUGCUCAACUGAAAUACCUUGAUAUAAAUAAAACUCAUUUUUACUGAUGUUUAGAAAAAUAAAAUAAACGAUGUGAUAUAAAAGAUUGCAGACAAUGGUUCAUUGUACCAAUUUUAAUACAUUUCUCUCUUUUCUUUGUUGAUCACAUUUCGAAAGACUGAAUUUACUUUUAAUCUUGAUUGAUAAAAUAUCUAUGGAGUUCUAUGUGAAUGCAGUUUGAUUAACACUUUAACAAACUUUAGUCUUGUGACUUAAUAUCCUUCUGUAAUACGUUCUAGUUAUUACAAUAUUGGGUGUUUCUGUUUUUCAUUUUCACAGUAAAUAUUUCACUGUGUUAAUGUAUAUAUAUAUAUAUAUAUAUACACAUUUUAUUUAACUUUCCUAUUAAGGUGUUUCCCUCCAGCAUUAUUGUAUCAUCUUAUGUGACAGCAAAUAUUUUUAUUAUUGUUACUAUUAUAAAGGUGGCGAGCUGGCAGAAUCGUUAGUAUGCCAGGCGAAAUGCUUGGUGGUAUUUCGUCUGCCUUGAUGAUCUGAGUUCAAAUUUUGCCUUUCAUCCUUUUGGGAUCAACAAAUUAAGUAUCAGUGAAACACUGGGGUCGAUGUUAUCAACUAUCCCUCCUCCUCCUCAAAUUUCGGGCCUUGCGCCUAUAGUAGAAAGGGUUAUUGUCACUGUUAUUAUGGCAGUGAGCUGGCAGAAUUGGUUGCAUACUGGACGAAAUGCUUAGCAGUAUUUUGUCCAUUGCUACAUUCUGAGUUCAAAUUCCACCAAGGUCAACUUUGCCUUUCGUCCUUUCGGGGUUGAUAAACUAAGUACCAGUGAAACAAUGGGGUCGAUGUAAUCGACUUAUCCUCUCCCCAAAAUGGCUGCCCUUGUGACAAAAUUUGAAACCAUUAUUAUUAUGAUCCGAGGCAUGUUAAAAAACUAUUGUUAUAUUUAUUUCCCAAGUCAAAAUGUUCCAUUACUGGGAAGUGACUAGAUUUGUAGUUUAAACUUCUACAAUAUAAGAAAAGCAGUAAAACUUAAUUUUAGUUUUAUUGUUAAUCAUAUGCAGUUGAAUUAAGACUCAACAUUUACUGAAACAGAUAUUGAAUUUAUAACUUAUUCUAAAUACUAUUUAGGGUUCUACACCUUCAUAAAUUACUUCCAUUAUUUUGCCAAAUUUGAAUGUAAUUAUUAGUAACUGUUGGUGCCUUUGAGGAAAUUGGUCCACAUAUUCACAUAAAUAAUUAAUAUUCAAGAAUUGAAACCUCCCCCCCCCUUUUUUUUUAAAUUACAGUUACAUCCACCCUCUAAUUUUAUACUAGUUUUUGCAAUAUGCAAAAGACCCAUAAGUUAAAUUUAUUUGUAUACUGUAUUUUCGAUAUUGUGUGAUUCUUCAGUGUUUCAUAACUCCCUACUACAAGGAUUCCUAUAUACAACUGCUGAUUCUCAUUCAUGCCAGUAAGCAAUUAUUAACUUGCCUUCCAUAUUCCCAGUCUGAUAAUUAGGUAAAUCCUCUUGUUACUAAUUGUUACAUAGUUGAAGCUGGUCUCCUACUAAACAACUAGAUCAUGUUAUUAGAUACAGUUAAUGCUUGCAGUUACAUAACUACUACUUACAGAGUUGAUUUUUUUUCCCCUCACUUUAAUCUUUCUCUUCAGUAGUGAAUUAACAAUAAUAAAACAUGGAUAUAUAAAUUCACACCAACGUGAAACAAACAGUUCAAGAAUGAAAUCGUGCCAAAAAUCAACUUAGCAUCAACUAAGUUGCUCUUCUGUUUUUCCUUUUAACUAUGUCAUUCCACUUGAAUAAGCAAUAAUUUUUUUUUUUUAUGAAAGAAAAUAUCUAUUUUUGUGAAAUACUUUAUAUUUUCUAACAUGGAGUAUAAAACUUUCUAACCAUUUUAGAGACAUUCAUAUUUUGAUAAAUAUCCAUAUGUAUUGUUUUGUGACUCUACAUUCUUCCUAUCAUUUUGCACUUUUCUGCAGCAUUUUUCCAAUCAUAGUCUUUCAGUUUAAUCUGGCCUUUUUAUGAAUGUUUUUUUUUUUUUUAUCAUACUUGUAUAUAUAUGGCAUGAAUGAUAGUUUGUCAAUUUUUUUCCUUCUUUCCUCAAAUAGCCACAUGUAUUUAGACCAGUUAUUGUAGAAAAUUAAACAUGUACAAAGCGUAUUCUACAAUUUUCAUUUUAAUAUUUUAGUUUUUCCAUUUGAUGAAUCUCAUUCCAUUGUACUAUUACAAGUAGACAAAUUUAAUGUAAUAUCUAUUUUUGAAUAAAUUUCAUAGAUUAUA